AACAAUCAACAAACCGGUUUAAUCACUCUACAGUCAUCUUUAUAACCCUAAAAUUUCAUCAAUCAAAAACCCACCUUCUUCUUCUUUCUUAUUCCGAUCAAAAAACACACAAAACCUUCAUCCCUGAACAAAAAUGGCAGACGAUGACUACGAAAUGGACGUCGGAGGGUACGAAGACGAGCCAAUCGAACCAGAACUCGAUGAAGGUGUUGAGGAAGAUGUUGACGGGGAGAACAAGGAUGAAGAUAUUCCGGAUCCAUUGUUGGGUGAGAAUGAAGAGAAAGAAGAAGGUGAAGGUGUUGAGAAGCCCAGGAAGACGAUUAAGUAUAUGACCAAGUAUGAAAGGGCUAGGAUUUUGGGUACUCGUGCGUUGCAGAUAAGUAUGAAUGCUCCGGUGAUGGUUGAGUUGGAGGGUGAGACUGAUCCACUUGAGAUUGCUAUGAAGGAGCUUAGACAGCGGAAAAUACCCUUCACCAUUCGCCGAUAUCUACCCGAUGGAAGCUAUGAAGACUGGGGAGUUGAUGAACUAAUCGUCGAGGAUUCUUGGAAGAGACAGGUUGGUGGCGAAUAGUUUGUCCACCGCACCCCUCCACUGCUUGAAAUACUCUCGAGCGUGUUUACGGUCCUCACCACAUGGGUUUGGUGGAUAGUGGAUACCACCAGUCUUGUGAUAUAAUGUUCAACUUCUUUGUGCUGUGCGUUUUAUGAAUAUGAUUUAUUUUGUUAAGUUGUUAUGUGAUAUAGACGAUCUCCAUUAGCAGGCA